GAUCAGCCCGCCGCGCCGACCUCAGUACAGCUCCGGCCGCCGCGCCGCCUGGCUCACGUAUUCCUUGUUCUCGGCGGGCUUUAGGGGCUCUGCGCCGCGGCCGUUACUCAUGUCUGAUUCUGGAAGUUACAGUCAGUCUGGGGGUGAGCAGCAAAGUUAUUCUUCCUAUGGAGCUCCAAGCAACCCAGGCUAUGGACAGACAUCACAAAGCUAUUCUGGCUAUGGGCAAACGACUGAUUCCUCAUAUGGACCGAGCUAUGGCAGCUACUCCAGUUAUGGACAAAGCCAAGGUUAUUCACAGUCCUACGGUGGUUAUGAGAAUCAAAAGCCGAGCUCUUAUGGCCAGCAAUCUUAUAGUAACCAGGGACAGCAAAACACGGAAUCAUCAGGAGGCCAAGGUGGAAGAGCGCCUUCCUAUGACCAAUCAGACUAUGGUCAACAAGAUUCGUAUGACCAGCAGUCAGGCUAUGAUCAGCAUCAAGGCUCAUAUGACGAGCAGUCAAAUUAUGAUCAGCAGCAUGAUUCCUAUAAUCAAAACCAGCAGUCCUAUCAUUCACAAAGGGAAAAUUACAGCCACCAUGCACAAGAUGACCGUCGUGAUAUGAGUAGGUAUGGAGAAGAUAAUAGAGGAUAUGGCGGGUCACAGGGAGGAGGUAGAGGGCGUGGGGGAUAUGACAAGGAUGGAAGAGGUCCUAUGACAGGAUCAAGUGGUGGUGACCGCGGUGGCUUCAAAAAUUUUGGUGGUCACAGGGAUUAUGGACCCAGACCAGAUGCUGAUUCAGAAUCUGAUAAUUCAGAUAACAACACAAUCUUUGUGCAAGGACUUGGGGAGGGUGUGUCUACUGAUCAAGUGGGGGAGUUCUUUAAGCAAAUAGGAAUUAUCAAGACAAACAAGAAGACUGGAAAACCGAUGAUAAAUCUUUAUACAGACAAGGACACGGGGAAGCCAAAAGGGGAGGCUACAGUGUCAUUUGAUGAUCCCCCUUCAGCUAAGGCAGCCAUUGACUGGUUUGAUGGAAAAGAAUUCCAUGGGAACAUCAUUAAAGUAUCCUUUGCCACCAGAAGACCUGAAUUCAUGAGAGGAGGUGGAAGUGGAGGUGGGCGGCGAGGCCGUGGAGGAUACAGAGGUCGUGGAGGCUUUCAGGGGAGAGGUGGAGACCCCAAAAGUGGGGACUGGGUUUGCCCUAAUCCGUCAUGUGGAAACAUGAACUUUGCUCGAAGGAAUUCCUGCAAUCAAUGCAAUGAGCCCAGACCAGAGGACUCUCGUCCCUCAGGAGGAGAUUUCCGGGGGAGAGGCUAUGGUGGAGAGAGGGGCUACAGAGGUCGUGGGGGCAGAGGUGGAGACCGAGGCGGCUACGGUGGAGACAGAAGUGGGGCCGGAUAUGGCGGAGACAGAAGUGGCGGCGGUGGCUACGGAGGAGAUAGAAGUGGGGGUGGCUAUGGUGGAGACAGAAGUGGGGGUGGCUAUAGUGGGGACAGAGGAGGUGGUUAUGGCGGGGACAGAGGAGGCGGUUACAGUGGAGACCGAGGUGGCGGCUAUGGUGGAGACCGAGGAGGCAGCUAUGGCGGAGACCGAGGAGGUGGCUAUGGUGGAGAUCGAGGAGGCAGCUAUGGCGGAGACCGAGGUGGUUAUGGUGGAGACCGAGGAGGCUAUGGUGGAGACCGAGGAGGCUAUGGAGGAGACCGAGGAGGCUAUGGAGGAGACCGAAGUGGGGGGGGCUAUGGAGGAGACCGUAGUGCUGGCUACGGUGGAGACCGAAGUGGAGGCUACGGAGGAGACAGAAGUGGUGGUGGCUAUGGAGGAGACCGAGGUGGGGGCUAUGGAGGAGAUCGAGGCGGCUAUGGAGGCAAAAUGGGAGGAAGAAACGACUACAGAAAUGAUCAGCGCAACCGACCAUACUGAUGACUGUUUUGAAUGUUCCUUUGUCUCUGACAUGAUCCAUAGUGAAAUUGCCAGAGUUUUGCCUGCUGCUUUCCUCGUGGCCUCUUCUUGGGUAGUAAAAUUAAGUGACAUUUGGAUUUUUAUUUGGGUGGGAGGGCUGGGACAGUUUUCUUUUAGAAAUGUCCGUUGAAAUUUCCCCCUUUUAGUUUUAAACUUCUCCUUCCCGACCCUUGAAGCAGAGUGCAUUGUAAAAUAUUGCCAAAAUGGAAAGUGUUUUGUAAUACUGCAAUAAAGGCUGCUUGUUUUUGUGGACUUUCGUA